AAGGAGCCUAGGUCAAAAAUAUUACCAUGAAUACUAAUUAUGCAACUUCUAAUUAUAUUCUGUGAAUAUAUUAACAGCAGUUUAUGGAGAUGGGAGAUAGCCUGAUCAGUUUAUUCUGCAGGUGGUGUACAUGAAGUACAUGUUGCACCCUCACUCGUUCUCUUUAGGCCUUGCCUCUCUAAGUGCAAAAAUAGAAAAGAUCAAUGAAUAGAGAAUUUGGGGAGAUGGAGUAGAUCUGAACAAAGACAAGACCACUAAAGUGGUAAUCCACCUCUUAACAGCAGUAGCCUCUUCUGCAGGUGUAGAGAGAUUUUUUUCUUCCUCUGGAUUAAUUCAUUUUAUGUUGAGAAAAUUUGGGAACUGGACUUCCCAGGAGGAUCACUCCGCCUGUGCUGCCUCUGAGACGGGCUCCCGUCUUGGAUGAAACUUAUCCAGUUUUAAAUUCAGUCAGAAGGGUUUUUUCUGACUGGGGAUGAUAUCUUCCGGAUAAGGAAGAAGCGUGAGAUCUGCCACAUAGUUUUGUUUCGAUUGUUGGAGCCUGGAAUUCGUCAGAAUUGUCUGUCUUCCAGCAGUUCAGACAGAGCGAGGAUUUUAUGCUAGCUCAGCUGGAUAAGUGACCCGUUUUUUUUAACGGACUAGCAGGCAAACCUCCUGUCUACAUUUAUCAUUUUCUUAUCUAUAUAGCUAAAGAGAUUUGUCAAAGUAACAGCAAUUAAGAUAACCUAGAUGAGGUAAGACUUUCCUUUAUUUACGGAACUAAGGGGGAAGAAAAUAUAAAUAGCUUAUCUUUUUUUUUUUAUUGCAAAAAGCUGACAUGGAAAAUUGCGUUUUAAAGAUUACAACGGAUGAGAGCUUUCUGAUUGGGAGAGAUAAGAAAUCUUUUUGAUUUACAAGACUUUUGUGUAAUAUAUAUAAGGGACUAUUUUUUCUGAUCUACUUUUUUUGUUGUUGUUGUUGACGAAUCUGCUCAUUCUCUCUGCUACUAGUUAUUUGAACGCUGUGAACUAAAAGCUGUUUUUGCACUUCUGGACAUUUAAGAGAUAAGGACUGUCUAGCGUGUGACGUUAGUUGGUUGGAAAGAUUAACUCCUUUGUAACUGGAUAAAGAAAUAAACUGCUCUUUGCUUGGGACAUUGAAAAUUGAAGGAGUUUUGUUCUUUUGGUUUUAAGAAUGGCAAUUAAGAAGAUCAUGGAUGUACAAGAAGGGACUUUAUUUCUAGACAUGCUUCAGAAAAUAAUGGAUGGGAUUAACUCAAUAAAACAAGAACUGAGAAAUAAUAGACAAGCGUGGAGAACUGAAUUUCAUGAAAUGAGACAGGAGCUGAAAGAAACUCAGGAUUCUAUGAGAAAGGAGAAUAAAGAUAGAUCUGGAAAACAAAAAAAGGAUGAAAGAGAAAUUAAAGGCAAGGUUCAAUCUAUGGAGAUUGGCUUAAAUAUGGACAUGAAAAAAGAUUUGGAUUUCCUGGUUGUGACGGAUCCUGGAGAUAAAUAUUACAGUUUGGAAUACAGCACUGUCUCUGAAGGAAUUGAAGAGAUUGGAGAUAAAGAUAUUAUCGGUUCAAAAAAAUUCCUGGACUGGAAGGAUUUGAUGGAACUUGAAAUGGAGAAAGUUAAUAGAAUUAAUCCCUGUUUUGAGUCAAUGGAAAAACCUUCAAGAAAUGUACUAGUGUAUCAUGUGGAAAAGAGGAGCAGAGAUGCGGCUUUGAAACAAUACUUCAGUGUUACGUUUGGAUUUGAUGACAAUGAACAAGGAAGACAAAGGAAGAAGAUUAAGUUAACUAUCACCCAGUAUUUUAAGUUUCUCCUGUUGACUUGUGAUUUAAACUUAUUUAAAUCAGUAAAAUUGAGUCCUUCGGAGAAGCGAUUUAAAUCAAAUCUACCCUGUCUAAGAGCACUAGUGUCUAUCCAGGUACUCCAGUAUGAAUCUUGA